AUGCGCUUGUCUAUCCUAUCCGGUGCAGUGGACUACGCGACCACUGCCCUCGCCAGAGAGCUCCCCAAAAAUGAAGAAGUUGCGGCAGCGCUCUACGACUCUAACAUCAUGCACGAGAAAUUGAAGUCGGCCAAGAUCGCAGAGCCUGAGGCCGGUCUCAUGAAUUCUUCCUCAUGGCCCCGCUUGAACUACACGAAGUGUGUUGAUGGGUUUGCUGAGGCCAUUCCCGACGACUCGUUGCACAUAUUUAGAUGCAAGAAUAUUGAGUUGUACGACUUCAUCAACCACGCUACGCUUGGCUCUCCACACUCAACUACAUCAGGAAGAACUGGUAGCACUGUUUGGGGAUGGACCGAUCCUAGUUCCAGUAGAGAGUUCAUUGCCUCCGGAUUAUACGACAGAGCAUCGUUUAUUGAACCCUUACCUGGAGGACGCCACUUUGCCGAGUUGUCCCUCGGCCGUACGUAUAAUGUCUUGAUUAAGGAGGAAGUAAGCUACGGCGUUGCUGUUGGCGCGGCUCCGCGCGAUGAUGGUUGUUUUGGCGGCCUCAUUUUCUUUGAUCUGAAGGACCCGUCCAACCCAGUAAAACUUGGGUGUGACCCCCAAGACCGCUAUGUUCAUGAUGCACAAUGUCUCAUCUACCGCGGCCCAGACAAGAAAUAUGAAGGCCGCGACACUUGCUAUGGCUUUGACGAGGACACUUUGACCAUUAUCUACGACGUGUCGGAUAAGAGUUCAUCAAAGAUCAUUCCCAGGACUAGUUACGAAGGCUGGUUACUGACAGACGACGAAUACGACAAAGAAGAGGUUGUCGGACCAGCUGCAGACGGAUAUCCCGUGACGUACAUUUGGGAUAUAAGAUCUUUGAAGUCGCCCGAGCAGACUGGUCUCUGCAAGGCAACCAACGUCGGCAUCGACCACAACCAGUACGUUAUUGAUGGACUGUCCUACCAAUCCAACUACGCCGCCGGACUCCGCGUUUACAACGUUUCUUCGAAAUCCUCCGACCCCACCGGCGCCGGUGUCUCUGAGACAGCCUACUUUGACAGCUACCCCGAAGACGAUUCGGCGCCUGCCUCAUAUGCGUACUUCAAAUCCGGGUUCAUCUUCGCCAACACCAUCGAAAAGGGAGGCUUCCUUGUCAAAAUGACGAAACGCGAGGCCUGCAAACCAAAGACUUGUAAUGCUGAUAAUUGCCUACGUGCUCUGCGGGGUACGAGCACCCCCGGACAGUUGGAAGAGAGUCAGAAGUUCUGCGGCGCCUUUACCAAGACGGUUAUUGCGGACGUGAAUGUGGUUCCGGACUAUGCUGCGGAGGCUUGUGCAACAAAUAUCAUUUCGAGAGUCAGCUCUGCUUGUUCUUGUCUGCCAGGUACGGCCACGCAAGCCUAGCUUAGAAGGCAAACUCCAAGACCUUUGGGCAGUAUCAAGAACUGAGAUACCCCGUUCAAGAUGAGGAGACGUAGUUAGAGAUCUAAUUCAACAGUCACCUUACUGUGAGAGGUUGCUUUGGAACAAGGAUCAUCCAUGUUCAUUUCAUGGAACCCUCACGGAAUCUACUCAGUCGCAAAAUGGCUGAUCUUGACAUUUCAGUCCCGCUUGUGGUCCUGUUGAAAACACUAAGUGAUGGUGAUGAGUAUCAGCGACCUCGAAACUUGGUCUCGUAUCAGUUGUUAUCGGCGUCUUU